GCUCUCCAUCUUGCGCACGGCAGUCCGUACCGGCGGGGACGGUGUGUGAUCGUGGAGAGCGCGAGGAAGGCUCCUUGCCGCUUGCUCCUGAGCAGCGACCAGUAGUCAUACGACGCCCCUCAACCGUGUCGGAUGAGUUUCUAUUUAUCUCUUCUCUGGAUUCUUAGUUACCGUCAUCACCAUAUUUACUCAUAUUAUAUUAUUGUGACUUUAAUGUGAUUUGUGUGCUUGUAGUUUCAUAUUAUUACAGCACUCCGAUAUAUAUACAUAACAACAGAAAGUGUAUACAGUGAUCUUAAUCAUAAUUUACCUAUUUCUUCUCUUCUGCUCCACAUUUGCGCUGUUGUCUGCCGAAAAAGUGUCGAGUUAAACAUUUUAGCAUUAGGUCAUCUGGUCAACUUACCCAUUUCUUCUUUUCUUCUUCACGUAACAAUAAAUUUUUACUGUAUACUUAUUAUAAGUAUUUGAUAAUUGUCGCGAGUACGUGAUAAAUAAAUAGGUGCGUGAAUGGUGGAUAGUGUCAGUGGCAAGUGCUAGUGGCCGCGACCAACCAAAGAUUUCUCGCGGUGUAUCAACACGCUGAGAUGCCGUGGCUGCACGGACUACAGACUCACGGCUAGCUAUAGGAGUGGCAGUCCCGGUGACUGGACGUUACGAUGCGCACGUUGCUGCUGCUGAGAUUGGUGUUUGUGGGAGUGGGCGUGCUGGUUACUGAUAUCACGACGGCAACUUCGCUUAAACCUGAUAACAACGAUAUUGCUCAAAUUAAUAUUAAUACCAACACCAAUAGCAAUAGAAAUAGUGAUACUAUCGAGAGCAACACCAUCGACAACAGCAUGGACAGCGAGGAGAGACAACGGAUAACAGCCAGCGUCGAAGCCAGCUUGCUGUCAUUGCUCGGGUUUACCAGCAGACCAAAACCAAAAGGCAAACCCCAUGUUCCUGAAUCCCUGAAGAAGUUGUACGCGCGGCAAAAUUCAAUCGCCAGUUCAAAUAUCGCUAAAAAGGGGUUCCACACAAGAUCAGCAAACACCGUGCGGUCUUUUUUACAUAUCGAAAGUCCGCUUGAUGAUAAAUUCCAAUCAUCGAAUCGUUUUCGCUUGUCAUUUGACCUGAGCAGCAUCCCAACGACAGAGAGCCUGAAAGCUGCGGAGUUGAGUUUGACGAGAGUUUCAGUGCCAGAAGAAAAAAAUACUAAAAAAUUGGGACGUAUUUUAGUUCAUGAUAUUUUACGUCCAGGUGUUAAGGGACACAGCAAACCAUUGUUGAGACUCAUCGACAGCCGGGUUAUUGACAUGACCAGCAAUACGACGAUAAGUUUGGACGUCCAUCCAGCAGUGUCCCGGUGGCUUCAAGGAGACGGUAACAAUCACGGUCUGCUGAUCCAGGUGACCAGCAGUAAAAGCAACAGCAAAAACAGUAAACAGUCCCACGUGAGACUAAAGCGCAGCGCUGAUGAAUCCCAUGACACGUGGGCAUCAUCCCGGCCCACAUUGUUCACUUACACCGACGACGGACGCAGCAAAAUGGCCACUGCCUCCGAGAUGAUGGACCGCCGGGCGCGACGUGCUGCUUUGCGUAAAAACCGACGCAAAGACGGCCGUGAAAAUUGCCGAAGACAUCCUCUCUACGUGGACUUUGUCGACGUCGGAUGGAAUGACUGGAUCGUCGCACCUCCAGGUUACGACGCGUUCUACUGCAACGGCGACUGCCCGUUUCCUUUAUCCGAUCAUUUGAACUCGACGAAUCACGCCAUCGUCCAGAAUCUCGUCUACUCGACGAACCCCGCGAUGCUUCCCCGAGCCUGCUGCGUGCCGACCGCGCUAAGCUCCAUAUCCAUGUUGUACCUAGACGAAGAGAACAAAGUUGUGCUUAAAAACUACCAAGACAUGGCAGUGAUUGGUUGCGGCUGUCGCUGAUCUCAGUGUUCUAUUAAACUUUUGCGCAAUACACGAGGCAUUUGGGAUUUAGUAAUAACUCGUAUUGAUAAACAAAGUAGUAUAUUAAUAUAAAUAUCUAUCUACAUAUACAUAUGAGUAUAAGAGAUGUGUUUACAAGUCUUGUGUGUACAGCUGUACAGUAAAGCUGGCUCUUAAAUGACUCGACUGGAUAUAUAGGAUAUAGAGUCACAUGACAACUGGACAAGAGGACAUACAAGAGGCAGUGAUGACGUUGGUGCGUGUUUGCCACUGUUACUUGCUUUUCCAUUCUCUCCCUACCACAUACAUACAUACAAUACAUAAAUAUAUAAAUAUAUAUAUAUAUAUAUAUAUAUAUAUAUAUAUAUAUAUCUAUAUACCAUCAGCAUCAGCAUCAGCAGCAGUAACCAACGUAUUGCUCCAUCUCAGCAUCUCAUAUCAGCGACUUUGGCUUGUAUAUUGCUCGUUAGACCGAGCCCCGUACCGAGUACAAGAGAACGGGCGUCUCGCGAGAGCCCAGAGUGCGUGACGCUGCCGCAUUCUAUACACUUUCAGUAAUCAACAAACUCAAUAUAAAACAACUUAUGUACAUAUGUACAUAUGUAUUGAACCAAGGUGCCUGGUUGUAAGCUGGUGGAUUGCUGCUACUGCUGCCUCUGAGUCUGCCUUUACCAACGUGUUGAUCUUGUCUUCUUGUCUUCUUGCUUACUCGC